GGUGAGGCGGACGCUUGGCCCGUUUCCUUAGCAACGAACUCGGGAGCAGAUGGCCACCUAGCGAUUUGUGGGUCUGUGCAGGGUCUGGGUGCAGUUUUUCCAGCUAAGAAGGCCUUACAGCCCCGUUGACCCGAUGUUUCAUGGAACAAUCUUAAAAGAGCUAACUAGUCAUGAAGAAUGGAGUCAUUAUAAUGAAAAUAUAGUUGAAAAUCAAAAAGAUUUUGUUUUUGUAAAAUUCAGUGGCCUUCACUUAAAAUCAGUGGAAAGUUUGCAAUCAUGCAUCUCUCUUAGAGUCUGCAUUUUCUCAAACAAUUUUAUUACAGAUAUUUAUCCACUGCAAAAUUGUAUAAAAUUAAUCAAACUUGAUCUCCAUGGAAAUCAGAUAAAAACUCUGCCAGAUACCAAAUUUUGGAACGGAUUAAAGAAUCUCAAACUCCUUUAUCUUCAUGACAAUGGGUUUGCAAAGUUAAAAAAUGUGUGUGUGUUAUCUGCCUGUCCAAACCUCAUUGCCCUCACUAUGUUUGAUUGUCCAGUCAGCCUUAAACAAGGAUACAGACAUGUUCUUGUUAACAGUAUAUGGGCUCUCAAGGCAUUGGAUCAUCAUGUGAUUUCUGAUGAAGAAAUAAUUCAGAACUGGCAUCUUCCUGAAAGAUUCAAAACAUUUAACCACCGACUUUUCUUUAAUUUCUGCCCUGCAUUGAAAAAGGGAUCAAGCUAUGAAGAUGAAAUUAAUAACAUUAAGUUUAUUAUUUCAAGAAUCAAUACAAUUCUGGCUCAUAAUUCACCAGUUUUGAUUGUUCAAAGAUGGAUCCGUGGUUUCUUAGUUAGAAAAGAAUUGAGAACUUCAUUGUUAUUUAAAAAACAUCAGGGAAAAGUUUCUAAGGCAUAUGAAGGAAAAUGGUUUUAUAGAACCAGAGGAUAUCAAGAAAAAAUCUUUGAAGAUAUCAUUAGGAAAGGUGAAGCUAAUAUAAGAGGAAGUAUUACACCCUGGAAAUCUAGUAUUGAUUCUUCUAUUGAUUUAAAAUACUAUAGUGAACAGAGAAAACAUACUUUUCCUCUUUUAUAUGAAUUAAAACAAAAAGAUAUUGACAAGAAAUUAAAACAGUCAAGAUAUUUUGUUCAAAAAGGUCAGAAGGAGUUUGGAGGUGAAACUAAGAAUGGACGAUUGGAUGACAGUUUUCAGCUAUCAACCUUUAAACUACCCAUAUAUACUUCAGAUGAAUUGAAGUAUGUUACAUUAUUGAAAAAGGAAAGACAAGCUUAUUUUCCCACAUAUGCUGAACUAUUUUCCACCUCACAUGCAGAACCAAUAAUUAAAAAAGACCCACUCUCAGUGAAAAAUAUAACACAGAGUACUAGUGUAAAAUUCCAAAUAUUUAAUGAUAUAGAUCAGUACUUCAUCACACAAAAGAAGGAAGAGCAACAUAAAGAAAAAAUAACAGCAACAGCCAUGGCACAAGUUGCCCAAAGAACACGUAACAUGAAUAUUCAUGAAAAAUUAAAUAAUAAAAGAUAUACUACACAAAAGCGAUUCAUAAGAGACAAUGAGACAGUUCAAAAAUGCCUAAAGCAAUGUUAUCAGGACAGACUCCAUUGCCUUAAAAAAGCUAGACAUAGAGGAUUUCAGUUUCUCAAAGAGAAAAACCUAAAGAUUCACGAUCGUAUCCUGGUCCAAAACAUAAGUAAUGAGCGCAUUCUUAUGUCCAAAAGAAUGGAUAAAGUAGAUAGAAUGAAGAGGAAUGAUGCGAUCUUAAAACAGAAAUACCACUCUACUCAGGAACAACAUAAAGAAGAAAAACAUCAAAGGCAUUUGCUUAAGCAAAUGAAGGAACUUAGGGCUAAAGAAAUACAUAAAAGACAUUGUGAAGAAAAGUUUGUGUUUGAUAUGAUAAAAUUUGAAAAAUCCUGUGUAGGUCUUCAAGAUGCCAAAAGAAAGGCUGAAGUUAUGAAAUACAUGUCAACUCAACAGGCCUCAGUGGAUCAGUAAUGUGAUUCGAUAGUAGAUCACAUGUAUGAUCAUUUUAAAUUGUAGUCGUUCAUUUCAUAUGAAGGACUUAGAAGUAAUAAUCUGAAAAGAAUAAUCUAUAUUUCAAGUUGCAUUUGUAUAAAUAUCUUCUAAAGUAUAAGAAUAAUUUUAAAGUUUUGUGUAUUGGUCACAAUUUAGCUUAAUUCCAGUCAAAUCUGCAUGCACAAAAGGUUCCUUAAACAUAUAUGUGUGUAUGUGUAUAUAUAUAUAUAUAUAUAUAUAUAUAUAUAGUCAAGGAAGAAUUAAAAUGUAUCAUUUAAUGUAAGAACUAUUAUCAAGGAACUAUUUAUACAUUUUUUCAGAUUAUCUAUGUAUGGUAACAUUUAUGUCAUAUUUACUUAUUCUGGAAAUGUUAGCAUAAUAAUUUCUACACUUACUAUAAAGUUUUAUUAAGAUACUGUAUAGUACACUUAUUAUUUUUGU